AAGUCCUUGCAGCAUAUGACUUCCCUUGCAAGUUGGUCGGAAGGAAUAAAUUUAUGGGCCCUGCUUGAAAUUUGCUCCCUUAUCCUAAAAUCAAUCUCUACUUCCAAGUUUGGGAAAAUUAUUCACUGUGACGACAGAAACAAGCUAACCACUUAUAAAACCUUGAGCACCUGGAAUUUGGACUGCAAAGCAGAGAAGAAAAUGAGGUGGGAUCUUGUUGUCAUUAGUGUUGUGGGAUUGAUUCUGAGUUUUGCGGAGAUAUCAAGUGGUGGAUUAACAAGCAGUUAUGUAAGAAACGAUGAAGCUUCUGAAGAUAUGCCACUGGACAGUGAUGUGUUUGCAGUACCUCCUGGUUAUAAUGCUCCUCAACAGGUUCAUAUAACACAAGGAGAUUACGAAGGAAAUAGUGUUAUAAUCUCAUGGGUCACCCCAGAUGAACCAGGUUCUGAUGAAGUGCUAUACUGGCCUGAUAACAGCGGGCUCAGAAUUAUUGCAAAAUCUUUUCACGUUAGAUACAAGUAUUACAAUUAUACUUCUGGUUACAUCCACCACUGCCCCAUCAAGAAUUUGGAGUUUGAUACUAAAUAUAACUACGUGGUCGGCAUUGGGAAUACGACACGUCAAUUCUGGUUUACAACUCCUCCUAAAUCAGGCCCUGAUGUUCCUUAUACUUUUGGCCUUAUAGGGGAUCUUGGCCAAACUUAUGACUCGAAUCGAACACUAACACAUUACGAAAGGAAUCCGGCAAAAGGACAGGCAGUUCUGUAUGUUGGGGACCUGUCUUAUGCUGAUCAUUAUCCAUUUCAUAACAACAUAAGGUGGGACACAUGGGGAAGAUUCACAGAAAGAAAUGUAGCUUACCAACCUUGGAUUUGGUCUGCAGGAAAUCAUGAAAUUGAUUGGGCUCCUGAAAUUGGUGAACCAAAACCCUUCAAGCCUUUUACGCACAGAUAUCAUACCCCAUAUGAAGCUUCAAACAGCACAUCUCCUCUCUGGUACUCCAUCAAGAGAGCUUCUGCUUACGUUAUUGUCGUGUCCACUUACUCAGCUUUAGGGACAUACACUCCUCAAUACUUCUGGAUAGAGAGAGAGCUGCCCAAAGUAGACAGGAAUGAGACACCAUGGCUUAUAGUUAUCAUGCAUGGCCCAAUGUACAACUCUUACGAGUCUCACUACAUGGAAGGCGAAAACAUGAGAGUUCAGUACGAGAAAUUGUUUGUCCAGCAUAACGUGGAUGUUGUUUUUUCUGGCCAUGUUCAUGCCUACGAGCGAUCCGAACCUGUGUCGAAUAUCGAAUACAAUAUCACAAACAAGAAAUGCAGUCCUAAAAUUGAUCAGACUGCUCCUGUUUACAUAACCAUUGGAGAUGGAGGAAAUAUAGAAGGAUUGUCGAUCAACAUGACAGAGCCUCAGCCAAACUACUCGGCUUUUAGAGAAGCAAGCUUUGGUCAUGGGAUUCUGGAAAUAAAGAAUAGGACUCAUGCCCAUUGGAGUUGGUAUCGUAAUCAAGAUGGCUAUUUUGUGAAUGCUGAUUCUACAUGGUUGUCCAAUCGAUAUCACGUUUCAUCAGAAGAAUUAUCUGUCUCAGAAUCAUGUGACGAGAAAGCUAGCUCGUGAUCUGCCUCUCUAAGGAUCUAAUAAACUGCAGUAAUCAAUGUCUCACCAUUGAUUUACAUUUGAAGUGCUUAACUUGCUUGUGAUAUUUACUCACCUUAUCUCCAGCAAAAUAUAUAUUUGCUAAUGUCGUGAGACAUUUAAUCAUAAAUAAAGAAUAGCGAGUGGCUUAUGACA